GCUAUUUUUAUGAUUCCCACAAAUCCACCACCGACAUUCAGGAAGCCAGAACUUUGGUCUGAUGAUUUCACUGAUUUUGUUAAAAAGUGCUUAGUGAAGAAUCCAGAGCAGAGAGCUACUGCAACACAACUUUUACAGCAUCCUUUUAUCAAGAAUGCAAAACCUGUAUCGAUAUUAAGAGACUUGAUCACAGAAGCUAUGGAGAUCAAAGCUAAAAGACAUGAAGAACAGCAGCGAGAAUUGGAAGAGGAGGAAGAAAAUUCGGAUGAAGAUGAGCUGGAUUCCCACACAAUGGUGAAGACUAGUUCGGAGAGUGUGGGCACAAUGCGGGCCACAAGCACAAUGAGUGAAGGGGCCCAGACCAUGAUUGAACAUAAUAGCACGAUGUUAGAAUCCGACUUGGGGACCAUGGUUAUAAACAGUGAGGAUGAGGAAGAAGAAGAUGGAACUAUGAAAA